AGAAGGUAUCAGCACAGAGAAAAGGCUGCUGACGAAAGUUAGUGCUCCGUUUGGGGAGGUUUUGUUUUGAAAAUUUCCGUAAUCCGUGAAAACGAGCUGCGUGGGGUGAUUUGCCGUAAAUCAUCCCCUCGGGUAGUGCCGGAAUGCAGUAGCGAAGUUGCGCCUUAAAGGCUCCUGUUGCGAGUUGCAGCCGUCUUCGAGUGCAGUGUGUUGUGUGUCUCAUUGGUGGCAGGGUAAAAAAAACAAAGGGGGCUGAAAAAAGAAAAAAACAGCUGUAGAAAAUAUCCGUGAAUUGUGUGCAGAUCAGUGAUAAAACAAUCGGUCUAUGCUGUGCAGAAUAUAUCCCUACUCAACGAUCUCUAAUGUAAUAGUAUGGUAUCACGGUUCGAACGCCUAAUGGGGUGCUCCUCUAUCGCGAUAGGAGAGACCUCCCCGGAGUCGGCUGCACAAUGUUCCGGCCGGGGCGAUUGUCUGAACGGGACGUGCCUGUGCGAGAUUCGUUACAGCGGUGAAGAGUGUUCCGGAUUCAACCUGCCCUACCAUGCCGGCAUUUCGGCGGUUUUCUACUUCGUGGGUUUUGUGUCGGUUGUGCAGCUGCUGAUUUGCAUCAUCGCCGAGUACCAGCGAUUGAAGCAGCCCAGCUUCCUUGGAGCUUGUCGGUUGACGACGCAGAAAUUGCUGUACUUUUUUGUGUUUGUUGCAGCGGUUUUACGGGGGGCUUACUUUACGACACCGGAAACGCUCCAGCCAGCAUGGGUGUCCUAUCUGAUGUCGCUGUACUAUCCGCUCCUGAUGACCUGCGCCUCCCUCGUCGUUUGCCUUUGGGCCGAGAUCUUCCACCUGCAAGGCAUCCGCUGGGAGCGGUCGCAGUUCCUGUCGAAGAGUUUUCUCGGUUUUCUCGCGUUCAAUCUGCUACCGUACAGCUUGUUUCUGGCGGAAAUUGCGUACUCGCAUCUCUUCACCGGUCGCAGCACGUCGUUCUUUAACGGAUGCUACGCGGUUUUGCUGCUGAUUGUGGUCAUCUUUUUCCUGAUCUACGGCGUGGAGGUGUUCUUUAAGGUCCGUGGAGGAUUCGUGUACGAUUUUGGUGUGGUGCCGAGCAGUGAAAAUGUGAAUGCUUCCCAGCUGCACCAGUCGCGCUUCGGCUUACUCAGCCAGGCGAUCAUGAUGAUCGUGAUCGUUGGUUUUCUUACCUCGGAAACAUUGGGUGAUUUUUGGAAGAAAAAGGUUCCGGUGUACUCGCGCAAUUGGCACGAUAUCGUGUUCCGGUUGGCUGAGGUCGGUGUUGCUUUGUGGUUCCCGUGCUGCCUGUGGAACUCGAUGGCACCCGAGCAGCUGUGGAUAUUGAACCCGCGCAAGCUACUGACCCGUCAGAUCGAUCCCGUUGCGGGAUGUUCGUCCGGAGGAACGGCAGAAGCCCCGGUGGAACCGUCCACAUCGGCCACCGCCGAGGAAGGGCAAUCGUUUCUGGCGAAGAAGGACUGCUGGAUCUGUUACGACACGGACAAACCGGAACCGUUGAUUCAGCCGUGCAAGUGCAUCGGUGACGUUAGCUCGGUGCAUCACGAGUGUUUGCGCCGUUGGCUCGUCGACAGCUGCGCCAACAGUGACUCCGUGCUGAAGUGCAAAGUGUGCGAUUCCCCGUAUGAAAUCGAGCGCUCAAACAGGCUCGACUGGGAAAAGGGGUUCACGAUCCAGCACUGGGCGAAAACCAUCAUCAUCGUAACGCUGAUGUGCAUCACGGGCGCGGGCGCUUGGGUUAUCAUUCAGCUGAACGAGGAUUCGUUCGUGCGCGUCCUUGUGGCCGGGUUUGCGAUCAUCAUCGGUUACAUACUGUUCAAGAUGCUGGGUGAAAACACCGUCACGGCGAUCCAGCGCGCGAAAGUCAGUUCGAUCUACAUCGUCACGUCUGUGAACGAUCUGCAGACUUAGGGCGGGAGCAUCACGGGAAUGCAACUUAGAUGCUCUAGCCUAGUUUAGCUGGAGCACUUUAUUGUGAUUACGCUUCAGGGCGUUUGGUCGUUUGGUUGCGCAUUUACGUGCGAUGUGCAUGUAUCUUUGAAUUUAUUGGACCUUAUUGAGAAGCGAUACACUUGCUGCAGGAAUCAUGCUUCAGGCGUUAGUGUGUAGGACUAACAAAAUGAUGAUUAUUAGCCUAAAUAACGUUUCUGUAACGUUUUUUUUUUCAUUCGACACGGUCACGCAAGUGUAAAGGAGUUUCUUUAAACUGCUACCGAUCAGAGGUAUCUUCGAGUUGAGCGAUGAAUCGUAUUUACUUCAGCAGAAUAUAACCUUUGGGAGUAAUGCAUAGUUAACAUUA